AUGGCCUCGGCAUCUUUUAGCGCCAAUGGCUACGUUAUGGGCUCCCGGAUUCCCAUCCGGGACGUCAACCCCAUCAACAUGACGCCCACACCAGCCUCGCCCAUUCGAAUCGCCUCCCGCAUCAUCGGCGCGAGAGAUGAGCAGUGUACCGGCUCGGCAACCCUAUGCGAGAAGCCGGUCGACCCCGCCAGUCUGACCCUGCCCAUCACCCUCGGAGUCACGAUCCCCAUUGUGGGCGCGCUUUUUCUCUUGUACUACUUCCACCGCAGGAACAUGAGGAGACAGGCACAGGAGGAUGCCACCGACCCUAACCGGGGACUGGACUUCGGAUUGGGCGACGCCCCCAUCGACAAGGGCGGCAAGAAGCGCAAGAGCCUCAUGUUUCGCGAGAAGGGCAUGGGCAUCGAGACCAACAAGCAGCGCCAGCUGUCCAUGGAUAUGAACCUGUCCAGCCCCUACCUCCUCCCGCCCGGUCUCCAGAGCUCACGCGAGUCCCUGAACUCGCUCGCGAGAACCCUCCACAACGAGGCGGACCCCUACCGCCCCGUGUAUGCCAGCAGCGAUGCCGGCUCCAUCUACACCAAGACCACCAGCCGGCGGGGCUCCAGCAUGACCGGCCGCACCACCAUGACGCAGAACACCCUGCCCCCGAGACAGACCUCGCUCCCAAGGCCGCCUCCUGCCACUGCCGAUCCUCUCGGCGCUUCCCGGUCGGGAUCGCCCAGCCUGCCUCCCACCUCCCCGGCCAUCCGGAGCCCGCUCGUUGCCGAGCCCGUCAUCCCCCAGAUCGAGACCGUGCCGUCGGGAAGCUCGCUUCCCCAAAUUCCCGAUGUCCCAGAACCCGAACCUGUCGCUCAGAGGGGCCUUCCCGGCAACUCCCGUCCAUCUCCCGGUCACCCAACAAUUCUAGAAGCUCGGGAGCCUGAAAAUACCCCUGCCGACCAGACUAACGCCCCCGUCGGCCUUGGCUUGGAUGACCUGAGCUUCCCUGCUACCUCACACCGCCUCUCACCCCCUGCCGGCGGAGCUUUGCCCUCGAGUCCCCGGCCACAAAAGGAGGCUGCCCCUUCCACCCUCCCAGCCAUUGUUCCAGAGGAAACGAACGCUCAUGACCGUCACGAUCAAGACCAGGACUACCAGGACUACCAGGACUUUGACUUUGAAGACAGAGGUCGGUCUCACAGGCGCUCGGUGGACGACGACAACCGCCAAUCCCGCGUGCUCGGCGUCCCUGCCCAAGACGGCAAGAGACUCUCCGUCGGCUUCCGUCCUCUGCCCCCUGAUGACGUGAUGGAGUCGGAGGAUCCCGAAGAGCGUGCCAACAGGAUCAGAUCCUUCUACAAGGAGUACUUCGAUCCUGACAACCCCCAUGCCGCCCAGGAACCCCCGCCCCCCAUGCCUCGCGGCCCUCACCGAGGACCUCAGGGUGGCGCGCAGUACUACGAAGACUACGACCCGGGCUACUCCGGUGGCUCUCCCGGCGGCGACGCCUACUUUGACCCCGAGACCAACUCGUUCGUCAUGCCCUACGCGCAGCCCGUCACCCGUCGUGCGAUGACACCGCCGCCCAACGGCUCCCGCUUCCGCGGCCCUCCCCCUCCCCGGGGCAUGCACGGAUCCAUGGGUGGUGGCGGCGGCCGCAUGGCCAGCCCCGGCCCCGGUGGAAGGCGACCUCCCCCUCGUGUCGGCUCGGGCAUGUCCAGCGGGCUCGGCCCUUCUCGCCGGGGCUCUGACAUGUCCAGCCAGUACACCCCGCGCCCCGGCUCGUCCGUGUCCAACAUGACGAACGGUGGCCGGCCCAAGCCCAAGGGACCCCCCCCUGCCGAUCUCACCACGCUGCCCAACCCGUCGAAGCUCAAGGACGACUCCUUCUCCAUCCUGAACCCUCUCGACUUCGCGCCCCCGGAGACCUUUGCCGACCGCGCACGUGGUCGUUCCCAGAGCCCGUCUGGAGAGAGACGACCGUACGCCCCCAAGGUUCCGGUCCACUCCCCGUUGGUGAGCAGCUUCGAAGAGAUGCCAGCUAUGCCCAGCCCACACUUGUUGCGCAAGUCCGGAACCUUCACCGGCCUUGACUUUGCGCCUCCUCGCAAGUUUAAGGACGCGGACACGAUGAGCGACGCCGGCAGUAUCCGCAGCAACCGUAGCGGCAUCUCGGCCGUCCAGCAAGCCGCCAUCCGCAGCGGCGCUGGCCGCAUCAGCCGCCUGCCGGGCGACACCGUCUUUACGACAACCGCCCUCCAGGACCAGCUGAAGCCGCAGUGGGGCAUGCGUCCGUAG